AUGGGUUAUUAUGAUCCCGAGUCGAUCAUGCACUAUCCUGUAAAAGGUUACAAAUACUACCCACGAAUGUACUUCACUCCAUCGGACAUCAAGAACAUUAACAUAUUGUACAAGUGCCCGCAGGCAUACAGAAGAAACACUGGAUAUCAUAGCAAAUCCAGGCAAAAGUCCUCUAGCAAAAAGGCUCCUAUCUUUUACGGAAACACAGGAUAUCCUACCAAAUCCUGGCGAAAUUCCUCAAGCAAACAAAAACUGAAUGUGUUCACCUUCUUAUCUCGCCUUUCAAGCUUCUUCAAUCCCCUCCAACGGAACACAAGACAGUUGCCUAACAACUAGACAACUACCGUAGCAUUUCUCUG